GACCGGGCCCAAUAAAAUCUUCUCUUGCGAACCAAACGAUUCCGAUUUCGAAGUUCGAACCCGGACAUCUCCCUCUCAAGUCUCAUCUCUGCUCUCCCUCUUCUCUCACGCGCGCACAGAACAGAUCCUACCUUUUUGCCCUUUUGAUUUGAGAUCUGUUAUCCCUUUCACAAACCCUAACAAACGCAUACUCGACAAUUAAGAAAGAGAGGAAUCGCAAAACCCUAGCAGAGAGGAGAGGUCUGGUCAAAAAGCAGAAAAUUCUCUCCUUUUAUGAAACUGUUGCAGUAUUGAACCCUAAACACGAUUUACUAAGAAUUAACUGACUGGCAUAGAAGAUAGGAGAUGAAUGUGUUGCAGAGACAUAUUUAUAAGAAAAAAUAAUGAGUAGGUUGUCAUUCAGGCCACGGCCAUUGGACAUUCAUAAGAAGCUCCCAAUUGUUAAGUCAGUAAAAGAUUUUGAAGAAGAUGAUACUCCCACUUCUACUCGCAACUCUCAGCUCCUUCGCAUUGCUUCUAUCGAGGUCGAUAAUGAGGUGCACCAUAUCCCUAGCAAGAAACUAGCUCCCGAAAUACCCACUCCUCAGUUUGUUAUUGUUGAUACUUAUGAAAGAGACUAUUCACGCACUUUCAGUCAACCCACAUCCUAUCUACGAGCGAGAGGAGCUCGAGCGGAGAUUGGAGAGUUUGUUGAGUACGAUUUAGACAAUGAAGAUGAGGAUUGGCUUCAAGACUUCAACAAAGAAAGGAAGAAUCUUUCACCUGAAAGGUUUGAAAGUUUACUUUUCAAAUUGGAGGUCCUGGAUCAUAAAGCUCGGGAAAGAGCAGGGGUUAUAACUCCCACUCUUGGUUCACCAAUACCUGUACUUCUACAAUAUGAUUCUGCAAUUGAGGCCAUGCAAGCUCAAGUUCAGUCUACCAGAUAUGCAGUUUUUCAGUCUGUUUAUAAUUAUUGGAAGGAGAAGCGUGAAAGAUGGCAGAAGCCUAUUUUGCGGCGUCUGCAGCCUCCUCCACCAGUUAAUGAUACCAAUCCCUACAAUGUCUUCAGGCCAAGGGAGAAAGCUCACAGACUCCACACUAGAAGGAUGCAAAGGAGGGAAAAUAAUGUGCAGUCAUUUGAAAAGCUUCGCCAGGUCAGGAGAAACCUUGACCAAGCAAAGACAAUACUUGAGGCUCUAAUUAAGCGGGAGGAGAAAAAAAGAGAGGCAAUGGAAAGUGAAGUGAGCCUUCAAAGGAUCCAAAUGAAGUAUAAGCAUGAAACUGAGCUCCUUGAAGACAGUUUGGCUCUUCCUGGAUUCCCACCUGUCCCGUCCAAGUUUGCUUCAAGUGAAGAUGAGUUUGUAGAUUCAGAUGACCUAUCAAACAGCCGUCCACGUGCUCUACCUGCUGCAGUUCAAAAUCCUCCUUUCACAGAUUCUAUCCUUGCUGUGCCAGGAGGAACCAUGAAGCAAGAGUUUAGGCGGCGACAUAUGCCACAUGGUUGGCUUAAUAAAAUGGAUCCUCUGGAGCCAGUUCUAUUGUUCACAAAGCCUCUAGUUCCAGAAAAGUUGGCAGCUGCAGGCAUUGUGCCACCAGUAGAUUCAUCGUCAAAGAAUGGUACAUCCAACCCUCCUUACCGAUUUCAUGGGAGGAUUGGCCGAGGUGGACGAAUUGUAUUUGAUAGAUGGAAUCCAUUUUUGCAGACUCCAAUAGAUCUUAGCAACUCUUUUUACUUGCCGCCAAGACCUCGCCCUUCAAGGUAUAAUUGAUAUGAUUACUUGCAUUGUCUUAGAUCCUGCUGUGGCUGAUCACACUCUGGAAAUAGGUUCAGAUGAUAUUUAUUGUAAUUAUGCAAUGUAAAUCAAAGAAACAUUUUUAGAGAUAGCAAAUGCUACGGUGCGCCGUGUGAAAGGGUAUUUGGCGCGGUGGCAGCAAAUCACACCUCAUGUAACUGAGUUUUCUUUGGUACAUGUCUGUUAGGAAAAAGAUGCCUCUGCUCUCUUCUUUACUUGUAUUUAUCAGCAGCACUUGCAGGUGCUUGUAGAAAGGUAAUGCCGACCUUAGAUUUGACCGACACAGAUUGCUGUCGUCAAUUUCUCUCUUCUGAAGAGUGCUAAAUGUUACCAAUUGGCUUUUAUAUAUAUAUA